AUGCACUUCUCUUCCAUCCUUUUCUUCAUCUCCAGCGCCGCGGCUCUCGGCAUCAACUGCCGCGGCUCCGGAGUCUGCUCCUUCAACGACGCCUCCUUGCAAGUCGUUCAUGACCAGAUCGGCAACUUGAUUGCCAGCGGCGGCGGCGACCGCCACUUCAACCAAGGACGCAAGUCUCCCCAUGACGAGUGCAAAACCCUCGCAGAUUUGACUAACACCAGACGAUAG